AUGCUUCAGGAAGGCAGGCCAAAGAACUCGAAAAAGGCGUUGCCAAGCCUGCCUGUGGAAGAUACGCCGAUACGCCUCAUCAGGGAAAUGGACCGUUGCGGCUCUGAGGCGGCCUCUUAUGACCCUUUCGAGGCCGUGAAACUGGAGGCCUUGGAGCAAUCCGCAGAGCCCCUGGAGUCUUCCUUGCAGCCGCUGGUGAAGCUGACAGCAGAGGCCUCGGAGGAGGCCCCCGGGUCUCCGGCCCGGCGGGAGGCUCUGGAAGCCUCGCUGCUGCGGUCGCUCUGGGGGAACCAGGCGGACCUCUCGCUGAGCGCCGGCGAAGUCACUUCGGUGAGUGGAGGGCAGCUGGAGAACCUCGUGUCGGAUCAUCGCAGCGAGGCCCUCGACUUGCUGUUGGCCUCUAAAAAGGUGGUGGUUGUGAUGGAUAACUACGGCUUGGAGGUCCUUUGCGAUUUGGUUCUCGUGGAUGCGAUCCUCUCCCUAACCGACUCCACGGUAUCAUUGCAUGUGAAAGAUGCCCCAGUCUUCGUGUCGGACGUGACAGACAAGGACGUUCCCAAGGUUCUGAAGUGGCUCGAGACUCGACUGCCGGAAUUGGCUGAGCGUUUGAACGUACACUUGGGAACUGGGCGGCUGAAGGCGGAAGCCCACAGCUACUACACAACGGCCCGGUCAUUUUGGGAAGUACCUGCAGAGCUGCAGUCCGACUUCUCCGACGCGGCCGUCGUGUUGAAAGGGGAUGCCAACUUCCGACGACUCUUGGGUGAUCUCCACUGGCCGUACGACACCGACUUCGCCGAGUAUGCCCGAAGUUUUUGGCAGGGAUCAGGUCUGAUCUGUCUGCGGACGAUGAAGAGUGGCGUCGCUAUUGGUAUUCCAGACAGCGAGCAGCAACGGGCACAGGAGGCUCGAAAGGACGACUGGUUGACUUCCGGCGUUUUCGGACAGGUAUUGACCUUCGACCGUGGCGCCGCCUAA